GAGCAAAGCAGAUGCAAAAUCGGUUUCCGGGAGAAUGUCGUUAAAAUAGUUGAGUGGAGUGAUUAGUGUGCAGUUUUUUUUAGCAUGCAUUGGAUUCUUGUGAGAUUGCCAGUAAUCUAUUAAGAAUCAUUUAACAUCGUCUAGAAAAUGGAUACAUCCGGAUUAUCACCUUUAGCGGAUUUGGAUUCCAAUUCUGGUGGUUCAGACGGAGUCAAUCAUUUCGGAUCUACCCAAAAUAUAUACGUGCCGCAGAAUGGAUACCGAGACGUCGGAAACCAAAUCAAAACAUUGUUCUUCUCUGAUAAGUUGCAAGAAUUCACAGACAAGGAGUACGAACGAAAAUAUAAUGAAAACGUGUAUUCAAUCAAAGUUCAAACACAGCAAGGUGUAGAUUAUUACCCGAAUAAACCAGUAGAAGAGCUUCAAUCGACUAAUGCUAGAGACACUGCUAACAGCACAGCAUUUCUUCCAAACGCCCAGCUUCAAACUAGCAACAAUGAUGUUGAACGGAAAUUUCUGUGUUUUAGUCCCGAACAAAUACAAUGUAUGUGUGAAGCGUUGCAACAACAAGGGGAUAUUGAGAAAUUAGCUUCAUUUCUGUGGAGUAUCCCACAAAAUGAAGUGAUUGGCAAUAACGAAAGCUUGCUGAGAGCCAGAUGUUUGGUGGCCUACCAUCGAGGGUCAUUUCAUGAACUGUAUGCACUGCUGGAAUCACACUUUUAUUCGCCCAAACAUCACACGGAUCUUCAAAGUCUGUGGUUCAAAGGACAUUAUCGUGAAGCAGAAAAAGUUAGAGGAAAAGCAUUGGGAGCUGUGGAUAAAUACAGACUACGUAAAAAAUAUCCUCUACCUAAGACAAUUUGGGAUGGCGAGGAAACGAUUUACUGUUUUAAAGAAAAAAGUCGCAACGCCCUUAGAGAUUGUUACACAAGAAAUCGAUACCCGACGCCAGAUGAGAAAAAAACACUUGCCAAGAAAACAGGACUCACGCUGACUCAAGUGUCGAACUGGUUCAAGAAUCGCAGGCAACGAGAUAGGACACCGCAAGCGAGGCCAGAUAUGAUUAUGCCUGUACUCCCUGUAACUUCAGCCCAGAUGGAUGGAAGCUAUCAAAGACUGUUUAAUGUUGCCAAUUAUGGCGGACAUGCUUAUCAUGGAAAUGAUAUGUAUGCAGUUCAAUAGAAGCGGUUCUUAAAUUUGUACACCAGUUAUUUGCUUGCCCAGUGUAUAAUUUAGUGGAACCGCUCAUUAUAAGUGUGAAAUUGCGUCGUUUUGACGAUUGAUCAGUCAUUCAUCUCACCUAGAUGAUGACAGAACAUGGAAAACACAGAGAAAAUUGUGAUAGGCUGUCAUUUAGGUUAAUCAACCUCUAAACUUCGCCAUUGUAAAUAUGUAAUAGCUGUAAGGAUUAAAAGCUU